CUUCAACCAAGCAUUUGGUUUCCAGCUCAAGUAGAUUUAUCCUGCAGUGACAUUAUGGCGACAGCAUCAACAGUGUCAGAAGAUUUGCAACCUGUGAAGCGGAGGAGCAGCUAUGGAUUACUGCCACCUUCCAUGUCUGAGGCCAAACCAGCUUUAAACCUGGUUCUGUGUGGGAGGAAAGGAGCAGGGAAAGCUUCAGCAGCCGAGGCCAUUUUUGGUCAGAGAGAGCUUCCUUCAGUCUCCAACUCCUCAGAGUGUGUCAAACAUCAGGGAGAGGUGUGUGGACUAAGGGUUUCCCUGGUGGAGCUCCCUGCUUUGUGUGGAACACCUCAGGAGGAAGUGAUGGAGGAAUCAUUCAGGUGUAUCUCCCUCUGUGAUCCUGAAGGCGUCCAUGCCUUCAUCCUGGUCCUACCUGUGGGUCCCCUCACUGAUGAAGACAAGGGAGAGUUAGAGACCCUCCAGAACACAUUCAGCUCUCGAGUCAACGACUUCACCUUGAUUCUGUCCACUGUGGAGUCAGAUCCUACAGCUCCAGCUGUUGUUAACUUACUAAAGGAGAACAAGGACCUCCAGGAGCUCCGUCAGAGAUGUGGAGGAAGACAUGUUGUUCUCAACAUCAAGGACCAGCAGCAGAUCCCAGAGCUGUUGGAUGCUGUGCAAGAGAUGAGAGGUACAGGAUCUAUGAGCUUUACAAAGGACAUGUUUACCAAGGCUCAGAUGGAGAAGGUUGUAGAGCUGGAUAACACUAUCAGAAGACUUAAAGCUGAACUGCAAGACGUUAGAAAGAAAAGUCAGGAGGGAGAUGAUGAUGAAAGUCAGAACAGAGAGUGUCUCAGGAUGGUGCUGAUUGGGAAGACUGGCAGUGGGAAGAGUGCAACUGGAAACACCAUUUUGGGCGGAAAAUAUUUUCAAUCAACUCUCAGCUCAAAGUCAGUGACCAGGCUUUGCAAGAAAGCAACAGGAGAGAUUGAUGGACGUCCUGUCGCUGUGGUGGACACCCCCGGUCUGUUUGACACAACACUGUCCAAUGAUGAAGUUCAAGAGGAGAUGGUGAAAUGCAUCAGCUUGUUGUCUCCUGGACCUCAUGUGUUCUUACUGGUGCUGUCGAUCGGACGAUUUACCCAGGAGGAAAAAGACACUGUGGAACUGAUCAAAAUUUUUGGCAAGAGAUCUGGAGAUUUCAUCAUCCCUAUAUUCACCAGAGGAGAUGAUCUGAGGAACAAACAAUAGAGAGUUACAUACAAUCUGAUGACCUUUUGGAACAAACUGAUAAAUGACUGUGGAGGGAGAUACCAAGUCUUCAAUAACAGAGAUCAGACCGACCGCAGGCAAGUCAGAGAGCUGAUGGAGAAGACCAACAACAUGCUGAAGGAAAAUGGCGGCAGCUGCUUCACCUCAGAGAUGUUUCAAGAGGCCGAGGCGGCCAUAAAGAAGGAAGUGGAGAAGAUCCUGAAGGAGAAGGAAGAAGAAAUGCAGAGAGAGAGGGAGGAGCUGCAACGAAAACACAAGGAGGAAAUGGAAACAUGGAUGAGAAGAAUGAAACAAGAGAGAGAUGAAAGUGAGCAGAGAGCCAAACAGCUUAUAGAAAUGGAGGAAAAUAUCACCAAGGAACGAGAUGAGAGAAGGAGAGAUGAGGAGAAGAGAAUGAAAGAGGAGGAGGAGAAGAAAAGGCAGGAAGAAAUUCAACUAAAGGAAUGGGAGCAAAAACAUGGCGGGGAAAGAGAGCACAACAAAGAGAUCAAAAAGCAAAAGGAAGAAUGGGAGAAGAAGAGAAAAGCAGAGCGGAUCAAACAACAAGAAGAAAAUGAAAAGAGACGACAAGAGGAGCAAACAAGACUUCAAAAGUUGCAAGAAGAGUACGAGCAGGGAAAAGAAAAAUUAGGAAAACUAAGAAGAGAAAAAGAGAGGAAGAAAAAAGUAAUGGAGGAAAACUUUCAAAAAGAACUGGUCAAAAUGUGUCUGAAAUAUGAAAAGGAAGCCAGAAAACAAGCUGAAGAAAACCAUGAUAUGUGCAGGCGCUUGCGGGAAAGAGAACACGUGAAGAAAAGCCUUGAAUUAGAACUGAAAGACAAAAGCAAGUGCACCAUCCAAUGAUCUUCAUACUGACUCAUGAUCAUCAUCACGUCAGCCGAUAGAGCAUCACGUCCUCUUCAUUGAACAGCAGAUUUCCGGAUGAUAAUUCUCAAACAGGGUCCAAU